AUUUGAACCCGCCAAAUAAUAAUAAAAAAAGUUGAGAAUAUUUUUAUUGAUUGGCAAUUUAACGGACAAGGCUUUAGACGUAGGGUUUUCUUCUUCGUCAUUGGUCUCCCUCAGACUCAGAGUGUAUCUGCUACGCCUUCAGAAACUCUGUUUUCAUAUCUUCCUCUCCUUUUCCAAAACCCAAGCCGCCGGCAACUUGACAACCACUGCCAUCGGAACAGCCUGUGUCGUGAAUGAUGAGUCUAAUAUCUCAAAAUGUUCCAUCCGUAAAUAAAGCCAAGAAGGCUGAAGGGGAGAAUGUUGAUGAACCUUUGUAUUUACGAGCCAGUGAAGAUGCUGAGGAUGAAAAAGAAUCUGUAGUUGAUAUUUCCAGGAUCAAGAAGAGAAAGAAAGCACGCAAAGAACGGGAUGAGAAAUUAGCAUUGGAACAAGAAAGGGAAAUGGAGAAGCUGGAAAACUCUUUAUUUGGAUCCCUUAACCCCAUUGAAUUUGGGAAGGAAGAGGAAGAAGCCCAAGAUGAUAUUGAUAGAAGCGCUGAUUUUUUCUUUGACCGUUCCAGAAAUGAUGAGCUCUUGGUUUAUGAAGAUGAUGCAGAGGUUUUGGAGGAAAGUAAUGAAAAGGAAAAAACUAAGCUGAGGAAACCUGUAUGGGUGGAUGACGAAGAGGAAAGAACCAAUGUUAAUAUUGGUAAAGUUAAUCGAUUGAGGAAGUUGAGGAAAGAAGAGGAUGAGGGUGUGAUUCCUGGUCCAGAGUAUGUUGCAAGAUUGAGGGCUCAACAUGCUAAGCUGAACCCAGGCACAGAGUGGGCCCAACUUGAUUUGCGAGCUGGGGGUGGUAGAUAUUAUGAUUGUGAAUCAUCAGAUGAAGAAAAUGGAGCUGUACUGGCCCGUGGUUACGAGGAUGUUGAUGAGCUCCUUAGAACAAAUGAGGAUCUGGUUGUGAAAAGCAGUGUAAAAUUAUUGCCUGGACUUCUUGAAUGCUCAAGACUUAUGGAUGCGAAUGUACAUGAGCCUUCUAAUGGUCCUAUAAAUUCUGUUCAAUUCCACAGAAACACACAGUUGCUGCUUGCUGCUGGAUUAGAUCGAAGGCUAAGAUUUUUUCAGAUUGAUGGCAGACGGAAUGCUAAGAUACAGAGUGUCUUCCUUGAUGAUUGCCCCAUUCGUAAGGCAUCUUUCUUGCCUGAUGGAUCUCAGGUAAUAUUAUCAGGAAGGAGAAAUUUUUUCUAUAGCUUCGAUCUAGUGCAAGCAAAAGUUGAUAAAAUAGGUCCCCUUGUUGGUAGGGAGGAAAAAAGCUUGGAAGUUUUUGAGGUUUCCCCUGAUUCUAGUACGAUUGCCUUUGUGGGCAAUGAAGGUUAUAUCUUGUUGGUAUCAACCAAAUCCAAAGAAUUGAUUGGGACACUUAAGAUGAAUGGAACAGUUCGAUCUCUAGCUUUUACUGAUGAUGGGAUGCAAUUAUUGAGCUUUGGAGGUGAUGGGCAGGUUUAUCAUUGGGAUCUGAGAACAAGGACUUGCUUCCAUAAGGCUGUUGACGAAGGUUGCAUAAAUGGCACUUCCCUUUGUACAUCUCCAAAUGGAGCUUUGUUUGCAGCUGGUUCAAACAGCGGGAUUGUGAAUGUUUAUAACAGAGAUGAGUUUUUAGGUGGCAAGAGAAAGCCUAUUAAGACAGUUGAGAAUCUUACUACCAGAAUGGAUUUUCUCAAGUUCAAUAAUGAUGCUCAAAUAUUGGCUAUUUGUUCAAGCAUGAAGAAGAACAGCUUAAAGUUGGUACAUAUCCCCUCAUUUACAGUAUUCUCGAACUGGCCUCCUCCUAACAAGACUCUACAUUAUCCACGAUGUUUGGAUUUUAGUCCUGGUGGAGGUUUCAUGGCCAUUGGAAACGCUGCUGGGAAGGUGCUUUUAUACAAGUUGCACCAUUACAGUCAUGCAUAGAGCGUGGAUGUGAAGGCUGGUUAUGUUCACCUUUACCUGUUUGUUGUCACAAAAGCUCCAAGUCUCGUAUUCUCAGGUCCAAUAGUGUCCUGAUUCGAUUAAUUUUCUUUUCUUGGAAUCAUCUUGUUAAGGUUCCUCGAAGAUUUUGAAGAUACCUGUUACUGAAGAUACACGUUUUAUUUAUAUUUAAAGUAUUACGGUUCCAAUUUUGUAGCCACCGGAAUGUUGUUCAGUUAAAUUGCUCAGAGUAGACUCUGUUUUUAAUUUC